UUCAUAUUCACAUGCAUCAUAGGAGAUGCAAGUCACCCCAUUGCACUCAUUCAAGCUUGUGAUGUUGCAGUACAAAAUAAACCCUUGAAGGAUAGGCACCUGGGUUUCUGGUGGGUUAGGGCACAGCCUCGGCAUAAGAGUGAGUUUGUUUUUGUUGAUUCAAUAAUCAGGGGAGCACUGUUGAUUGAAGAUGGCUCUUGGCCUGGCAAUUUCCUUCUUGUUUAUUCCAUCAACACUGAUAUGCUUCUUUGCAUGCAGAAACUUCACCAUAAUAUUGCUAUCUGA